GUGGCAAUUUGAUGGAAAUUGGGCUGUUCUUACAAUUUUGAGGUGGAAGUGGAACCCAUUUGUUAUCUAAAACCCAUGUCAUGGAUUCCACGUUAACGAUACCGGAAAUCACUCUCAAAUCCGGCACCGGGAAAAUCCCCGUUCUCGGAUUCGGAACAGCUUCAGACCACCCGUUCGACUCAGAAACCACCAAAACGGCUAUUUUACAAGCAAUUGAAAUCGGCUACAGGCACUUCGACACGGCGGCGCUGUACAACUCCGAGCAGCCUCUCGGAGAAGCCGUCGCGGAAGCUAUCAAUCGCGGCCUGAUCAAAUCGCGCGACGAGUUAUUCAUCACUUCCAAGCUCUGGUGCAGUGAUGCUCACGGCCACCGUGUUCUUCCGGCUCUCAAGAAAACCCUCGAAAAUCUCGAUAUGGUGUACGUUGAUUUGUAUCUGAUACACUGGCCGGUGAGUGCUAGACCUGGAAAAGUUGAGUACCCAAUCAAAGCAGAGGAUUUUGUCGCCAUGGAUUUUGAGUCUGUUUGGGCAGCCAUGGAAGAAUGCCAGAUAAUUGGCCUCACUAAAUCUAUUGGAGUUAGCAACUUUUCUUGCACGAAGCUCCAACAAAUCCUGGCAAUAGCAAAAAUCCACCCUGCUGUCAACCAAGUGGAGCUAAAUCCAUGUUGGCAGCAAAAGAAGUUGAUAGAAUUCUGCAAAGAGAAAGGGAUUCUUGUUUUUGCUUAUUCUUGUUUAGGUUCGGGUGGGACGAAUAGAGUCAUGGAAUCGCAAGUGCUAAAGCAAAUAUCCAAGGCCAAGGGGAAAACGGUUGCUCAGGUGUCGUUGAGAUGGGGUUACGAUCAAGGGAUCGGAAUGGUGGUGAAGAGUUUCAACAAAGAGAGGAUGAAACAGAACAUUGAAAUAUUUGAUUGGUCUUUAAACAGUGAAGAAGUUAAUAAGAUAAGUGAAAUUCCACAAGGCAGAGCAUUUCUUGGUGUGGAUUACACCUCUGUUUAUGGGCCUUACAACACAAUUCAACAACUUUGGGACGAACAAAUCUGACUUCACGAUAAUAUCACUUUUCGGGUCGAUUCGAAUUUCAGGUAUAUUUAUUUCACCCGAAGUUCCCGAGGGUUUCCAUAAGCUAGAAAUAUGUACAUCGUAUAUAAGUAAACAUCUGAACAAGAGCAAGCAUAGCAUGUUCUCUUCCAUUAUAUUACACACUUGAGCUACAUAAGACCCAAAAAGAAAAGAAAAAGACGUUUUCGAGGAAUAUUCUUUCGUACACAAAUAGUAACAAAUGUUGAAGUACUCAACAACGAGCAGGCCUUUCGUAUGUGGGAGGUAGAGAUGGGCAAUUCUCGUUCAUAUUUGUGUACGGCUCUAAAGUGUUGUAAUAUGGCAAUUCCAUUUUAUAUUCCCCCAGAAUCUGACAAAACGGAAGCUUGUCAUCGCCAUUGUUACACCAAUUUGGCAAUUGUGUCA